AUGGCGCAGCGAAUCCAGCAGUGGCACCAUGGCCGUACUGUAGCUGUUGGCCAAGGAUCUUUGUGCAUCCGUGUGCUUCCACAAGCCAAGCGAUGUCCGCGGCUUCCUAUUGCAGGUGGGCAGUGGGAACUUCAGCUGAGGGAACGCGAGGGAGCACAAGCAGGGAACUUUGAGGACGCAGAGAUCAAGGCCGUCUUCAACUUGGCAGAUCUCAUGCAGAUGGGAGUCAUCAGUGAGUCACAGGCGCGCAAAGCUCUACUGGCCUUGGCCAACUCCCAGAAGCAGAAGGAGGAUGUGGAGGCAAUUGAGCUGCCACCAGAGGUUGAUGAAGCCAUCUUCCUUCAAAAAGCCAAAGAUGCGCUCCAGUUCCGCCAGUUCCGCUGA